AUGACUCCUGCAACAGCGGCGAGAGGCGGAAACGCAGGAGGCUGCGCUGUGGAGCCCUCAGAAGUUGCGCCCUUGACCACUGACGACUUCACGAUCCAGGACGAGCAGGAGGCGGGGCACCGCAAGAUUCCAAAGGCGAAAUUUAUUCGAAGCGUAGAGCAGUUCGUGGGGCUGCAAAACCCCGGGCAUGUCGAGGCGGUUGCCAGGGAACUUCUCAUGAAAUACCGCUACAUGGAGCAGGCGAUUCAGAGGCAGAGUGAAGUUCUUCUCGCGAAAAUCGGCGACAUGGAAGAGGCGCUCUCGGCCGUAAAGAAACUGAAGCACCAAAAGGCAAGCGGGCUGAAGAAGAGAAGCGGGGGACGGGAAAGAAGGCGCCGUUGUGGAGGGACAGAUUUCCAGCAUUUCUCUGAGGUUUUGCGCGCGAUUUGCAAAAGUAGGACAAGAAAGGAAAAGGCGAAGGACGCUGCAGAUCCCAAGGAGGCAGAACUCAAAACCUACUUCGAACUCGCCGACACACUGCAUGCAGAGGCCAUCAUUCCGCCCACCGACUCAGUUUGUCUCUGGCUCGGGGCGAAUGUCGUCAUGGAAUACUCGCUCGAUGAAGCCGAGACGCUGUUGACGAACAACGUGGAAACGGCGAAGAAGACCCGCGCUGCAGCGGUGGAAGACCUCCAGCGCCUGCGGACGCAGAUCACCGUUACUGAGGUGAACGUCGCUCGGAUCCACAACUACGGCGUGAAGAAGAACCAAGAAGCCAAAGGUGGGCCGAAAACGUGUUGA